AUGCUAACACCGGAACGCACAUUAGCGUUUACUACCUGGAAGACGGUAUUGCAAAAAGUCCCCAUUGUAGAAUGGCCCAGUCGCGAAGGAUGGCAAUUGGAAAAUGCAUUUUCGACUGCAAUAGAUACGUUUACCGACAAUUGACAAAACUAGGGAAUGUAUCGUUGGUAUAGCAAAAAAGCGAUAAGUACUGAUCCGAUAGUUGUCGCACCCCUGCAAAUGGCAGACUUCCGGUGAAUUCGCUCCACUCUUCCUUGAUUCGAUGCAGCGCUACGAAACUACAUAACCUCGGAAUCAUAAUAAUAACAACAAACGCGUCGUGACUGACUUUUGUUAUCAAAUAUUGCGAAGUCACAUUCGGUUUCACGUAGCUUCGCGCACUAUUGUAAUGUGGGAGAUGUUAAUUUAUUCGAACUGAUUUAGCAGAAUGGGCGACAUACGAGCUGGUCUUGAAGAAUUAAAGCUGGACGGUGCUCUCUUUGCCAAUGUUAAAUACUACGUCAGCGGCGAAGGCGAUCCCAAGAUUGUGAGUUUACUACAAGAAGGUGGUGCUGAAAAUUCUAAUUAUUUUAGCGACUAUGUAACACACCUGAUAGCAGGCUAUGAAGCAUUAGAAAAUGAUAUUUCUGCAGCAAAGGAUCUAUAUGAAAUCCCGGCAGUUACACAAAAUUGGAUCUUAUAUUCAGUCAAAUGCAAUAAGCUUUUGCCAACACAAUAUUUCUCACCAGAGGAGAAUCAAUUAUUCUCAAAUAUACGUGUCUGCAUAUCCCAGGUAAGUCGAGCAGACAGUAAGUCGCUCUGGGCAAUGAUAACAUUGCAAGGUGGCAAAUGUCAACUACGCUUGGAUAGAUAUUGCACUCAUCUGAUCACUGGCAAAGCAAGUGGUAUUAAAUAUGAAACUGCCAUGAGACACCAUAUACAUAUCGUAACACCCGAUUGGAUAACGGAAUGCUGCAAGAAAGGUGCUAUCAUUAGCGAGAUGGAGUAUCAUCCCAGGUUGUUAGUAUAUCCAUCUCCGAAUAGUUCGACAGCCAUGAUUACCGGAUUUAUGGAUGAAGAUCCAGAUAACAGUACCGCGCAGGAGGACAGAACUAAAGCUAUGCUGGAACAACUUAAGCAACGUAUGCCAUGGAAUCAACCAAGCCCACCGGUGUCAUCGAGCGCGGUGCACAAUCUUGGCGCAACUAACACAGCGAGUGUUCCUUAUUCAACAACUGGACAAAAUACUGUAAAUAUUCAGCCACAACAACAGCAGCAGCAGCAUCUUCCACGAUCGAUUUCCUCGACCAGUUUAAACGCUUCCGCAAUCGUUCCAGCAGUUUCCGAUCAGAAUGUUAUCAAUCAGACAUCAAGUUGGCUUCCACAAGCGUCCCAACAAAACAAUCUUUCUCAAAUGAAAGCUAUGCCAUCGCAAAUGCAACAAGAGCUGUCUACACAACAGAUAAAUAUUCAACAUCAAUUGAUACAACACCAGCACUUAACAUCGCAGCAAUUAACACAACAACAAAUAACGCAGCAUCAGUUGCAACAGCAAUCAUACAACCAACAGCUUCUAAGUCAGCAGACGCCAUCUCAAGUACCGUCUCAACAAUUGAUUGGACAACAGCAAUCAAUGAUUGCGCAACAACAGAUCAAUUCACAAUUACCGCAACACCAGCUGACUUCGCAACAACAGCAAUUAUUAACAUCCCAACAGAAACAAUUGAAUCAACAUCAAAUCAUUCAGCAACAACAAAUGAAUCAGCAGCAGUUGGCGCAACAACCGCAUUUGGCGCAACAACAGCAGCAAGUGCAAUUAGCGGCUCAGCAACAGCAGCAACAGAUAGUGCUUCAACAACAACUAUCCUCUCAGUCGCAACAAAUCUCAGGUCAACACCAAUUGGCCCAACAACCAGCUCCACCGCAGCAACUUACUCCCGAACAAAGACAGCUGAUAUUAUUGCAACAGCAGCAGCAGCAGCAGAAAAUACAACAGAUCUCACAGCAAUUGCAACAAUCCGCGCCACAAAGUUCCCAACAGUUCGUCAUACGAGAAGGUCAGUUGCAACAACAAUCACCGAGCCAAUCAUUAAUUGGGCCGAAUCAGCAAGGAUUCAUUGUGCAACGAGACCCGCAGUGGCAGCAGCAGCAGUAUAUGCAGCUGCAGAGGCAGCAACAGCAACAACAGCAAAUUGGCCCGCAAAGACCUGGAGGACAGUGGCCAGCACUAAGAACCAUCCGUGAAGAUCAACAGCCGCCUCAACAACCCAGACAGUUGAUUCAGCUAGAUGCGCAGACGCACCAACAACUACAACAGAUGGAUCCAUUGCAGCGAGCGCAGUUUAUCCAGAAGAUUCAGAAACAAAAGAAUCUGAUAUUGCAGAGACAGAUGCAAAACCGUCAGCAAGCUCCCCAUAUUGCCGUCAUAAGGAGUCCUGGUAAACCGGUACAACCUAGCAGCUUGCAAUGGGUUCAACGGCCACAAAUGAUGGGGCCGCAAAUCGCGCAGACCCCUGGCCAGAAACCUGUGCAUCCCGGCGUUCAACCGCCAGCAUUGGCGCCAAUCAAUUCCUCCAAUCAGGUGAUCGUGCCCGCUGGACAGAACGUUCCGCAAGCAGGACAGACAUUCCAACAGGGACAGCCUUUGACACCUCAGCAGAUUCUACAUAUGCAGAAGCAGCAGAUGGCUCGAUUGCAAUUUCAACAUUUGCAGCAGCAGCAGCAGCAACAGCAGCAGCAACAAGGUGCGCAGCAAGAGCCACCGUUAACGCCGUUGUCGGGUAACGCGCAGAUACCGCCUGAUCAGCAGUUGGUUGUGAACGCCAAGACCAAAACCGCGCUAGCCAAUAUGUUGACCAACAGAUUGCAAGGCAGCACUACGGAGGGUAGCGCGGCGGGUCAGUUGAGACUGAUGACCGCCCAGCACAGAGCUCCACCUCCUCCCUCGCAGGAUCCGCAGCUUUUGGCCGCGUAUCAGAGGAGAACUGCGGUAAAUGUAACAAACGGUGCACCGUCGUCGGGGACACCUAUAAAGAUGCAAUACGGACCGGUUAUGCAGCAGCCCAAAGCACAAUUCUACGGCCAUAAUCCAAACUUGAAAUUGCCGCCGGAUCUGUUUUUGUUAGGAUGUAUUUUCGUCAUUGUCGAGUACGAUGUACAGCGGCCGAAUGAAGUUUCAAUUUGGAAGCAAGUUAUCGAAAGACACGGCGGUGAAGUGGAGCCGCAAUAUUGUUGCCGUGCGACCCACGUUUUAGCUAUCACGCAGAAACAUCCGAUUGUGGUGCAAGCAUUGCGCGAGGACAAACGUUGCGUCAGCGCGCACUGGCUUUCCGACGUUGUUAGUAAGCUGCAAUUGUUACCGCCGUGGCACGCCUUACACUUCCCGACGCCUUUUGGCUUGUCUGAGCUUCCAUGUGUUAAACAAAUCGUAUCAUUGUCCGGAUUUGAGGGAGAGGAACGGGCGAAAGUCAAAUACAUGUUAGAGGCCUUAGGUGCAAAAUAUACCAACUAUUUUUCCAGGCACAACACCCUACUCGUUUGCAGGAGGCCAGACGGACAAAAAUACAAAAAGGCGCGCGAGUGGCAAACAAGCGUGGUAAAUGCACAGUGGCUGACAGAUCUGCUUUGUGGACAAAUGAAUGCUUUGCAUCAGCUCGAAGGUCCAAAGUACCAACAGUUUAGUCUCAGUAAUCCUUUCAGACUAGAUUAUUCACUAGUGCCUCAUCUCAUGGGUGCUUGGAAACAUCCAAUAAAUAUUAACCAAGAGUCAUAUGAUAAAGUACAACAGGUUGGUCAGGGCCCAAAUUCGAUCAGGAAAUAUAAAAAGCCGCGAUUAGAUGGUCCACUGUUGAAUAAAGACCCGCAUCUCUUGAAUGUGAAUGAACAGGUUAUUAUUAGCAAUCCUGAUCCUCCGCCACCAGAUAAGCAACCAAGAAUAUUAUUCUCCGGCAUUAAUCCUAGAAAGCAUGCAAAGAGGAUUUUAGAACUGGGAGGUACUUUGGCCGCUGGUUGGCGAGACGCCACUCAUCUUGUGAUGUCGGCACCGUUACGAACAGUUAAACUAUUGUGUUGCUUGUCACGAUGUAAAUUUAUUGUCACUCUGCAGUGGUUGCUCGAUUGCUCCGCAAGAAACACUUUCCUGGACGAAAGCCCAUAUGUGCUUGGCGAUCCAGAAUUCGAGAAGAACUUUCAUUGCAAUAUUGAAAAAGCUUUAGCGAGUCCCAAUCGAGGAACAGUACUUAAGGGUAAAAUAUUUUAUGUAACACCAAGUGUUAUACCAUCUCCUUCAGCGAUCGGGGAAAUUAUAGAAAGCGCGGGUGGUAUGAUGGAGAAAACGCGUAAAUCGCUUGCUCAGAUACAAGAAAUGAAUACUGGAAAGUUAAAUUAUAUUAUUGUGACCCACGAAAAUGACCUUCAUCUUCUUUCUGACAUCUUGCGUGCGAAUAUUAGUGUGUUCAGUGCAGAAAUUGUAUUAGGCGCAGUCGCACGACAAUACUUCCAACUUGACUCAAGUCAAGUUUAAAAUAUGCAGUAAACGUUCUCUACUGUAUUUUUAUCCAUGUCAUGGGCCUAUCAAGUUCUUAAUGAGUUAUUUUCCAGUUGAAAUCUUUGCUUACCUUCAAUGGGACAAUAAAGAACAUAAUUUUAUGAUACAAAAGGAAAUUAUUUUUGUACAUCCACGCCAUUACCUCUUCAGUUACAGUCUGUAUUAUUGAGAGUAUGUAUGCAAUAAAUUCAAUAUGUCUGA